CUGUACUGAGUCUGCGCGUGUCGAACAUGUCUUCUUGUACUGUGCACAUGGAAGUCAGGGGCCACUCACCGGGAGCUUAGGGGCCACUGACGGCUGUCGUGAAAGUGCCGUUCUUGUCCACAGAGUGAUCUAAAGGGAAUAUCGGAAGAUCUGUCUUCUUCAUCAUGGAAGCUUUAGCAGAAGAGCUUUCACACCUCAACCUAGCGAGGCGUUCAGCCAUGAAAGACAGCACGACUUACAUCCUUGACAUUGACGUGUCGAAAUCAGUGGAGGAACAAAACGGUCAGACGGUUGCAAUUCUGUGCUCGGAUAAUACGAUCAGAUUAUAUAACAAGGAAACCAUGGCCUGUCUGCACGAGUACAACGCGCGACCCACUAUGCUGAGCGGCGUGCGCUUCUCCCACACAAACAGCAAUCUGGUGUUUUCAGCCUGCAGCGAUGCCACUGUAAAACUUUGGGACGCCCGUGUGUCUGGCACUGAUGCUGUACAGCAAUAUACUGGUUACCCGUCCAACGUCUUCAUCAGCUUCGAUGUCUGCUCUAAUGACCUUGUCGUCUGCGCCGGCACAGAGAAAGUAGGUGAUGACGUGUAUCUGGUCUUCUGGGAUGGAAGAUACACUCCGGAUACAGAACCUAAAGAACCGCUCGGGGCUUAUUCAGAGUCUCACAACGAUGACAUCACUCAAGUUCGCUUUCAUCCAACCAACCCAAGCCUGGUGGCCACCGGUUCCACCGAUGGUCUGGUCAAUGUGUUUGAUCUCAAUGAAGAUAACGAGGAUGAUGCGUUGACUUCUACCUGCAAUUCCGAAUCCUCUGUGAAUAUCAUUGGGUGGGCAGGAAGGGAUGAUAAGCAGGUAUACUGCCUGACGCACAGCGAAGGGUUCCUCUGGUGGGAUCUCAACCAGGUGGACACAGAGGAACCGAUUACUCUCUGUAAGGUAGAGGACAUGAGAGAACAUGUUAGCGGAUGUCAUAUUGACUAUCUCAUUGCUGGUUUCUAUAAUAGGGGAAGGGAUGCAUUGCUGCUUCUCGGAGGGACUCAAGAUGGGGACAUCAGUUUGUUGAAUUGUAAUUUUGAAAAGGUCACGCAUCUAAAAACCCUAACUGGUGGGCACAGCACCAUUGUGCGCUCCGUCUACUGGUGUGGAGACGAUGACUCCUUGAUAAGUGGUGGGGAAGACGCUCAAUUGUUGUUAUGGAAGCCGAAAGUCAAGGACAUGUCGCCUAAAAAGAGGGACUCCAUGAAAGCAGCUUCCUCUGUGCAGCAGAGGGUUCGUAUGCACAACACCAAAUCCUUCUUGACCAAGCAAAAAUGAUCGUUAAGUCCUAUGGGCUCAUGGAAUUGUAUGCAUACCACGUUUAGGUCCGUAAAUGUCUCAUUACAUUGCUGAGAAAAUGACUUU